UUUACAACACUGCAUCGACCAUCUGAUAACAAAACAAAUGAGUUUUAUUCUCGAAUUAAUUACCUCAUUUGUGCGCAAAAUGCUGGAGCUGCUGACAUUUGGGGGUAAGACAUUGACAAACACGCUUAAAAUCUAUGUAAAAACAAACACUGGCCGCACGCUGACGGUGAACUUGGAGCCGCAGUGGGACAUCAAAAAUGUGAAAGAAUUGGUGGCUCCGCAGCUGGGACUGCAGCCGGAGGAGGUGAAAAUCAUAUUUGCCGGCAAAGAGCUAAGUGAUGCAACCACCAUAAUGCAAUGCGAUCUGGGCCAGCAAAGUACAUUGCACGCAAUUCGCAUGCGACCGCCCACUAUACAGCGGGAGAAACUUCUUUCCAUGUCGCUCGAGGAGGAGGAGCCCACAGGGACACCAACCGAAGAAGCCUCCAAGCCGCUUAACGAAACCCUGCUGGAUUUACAGCUGGAGAACGAUGAGCGACUAAACAUCACCGACGAAUAUCGAGUCCGUGCCAAGGCCCACUUCUUUGUGCACUGCGGGCAGUGCGAUAAGUUGUGCAACGGCAAGCUCCGAGUACGCUGCUCGCUCUGCAAGGGAGGCGCCUUCACAGUACAUCGCGAUCCCGAGUGCUGGGAUGAUGUUCUCAAGCCCCGACGCAUACCCGGACACUGUGAGAGCCUGGAGAUCGCCUGUGUUGACAAUGCGGCUGGCGACCCGCCCUAUGCCGAGUUCUAUUUCAAGUGCGCUGAGCACGUCUCGGGCGGAGAAAAGGACUUCGCGGCGCCACUUAAUUUAAUUAAAAACAAUAUCAAAGAUGUGCCCUGCCUGGCAUGCACGGAUGUAAGUGAAACUGUUUUGGUCUUCCCCUGCGCUGCCCAGCACGUCACCUGUAUUGACUGUUUUCGGCAAUAUUGCCGUUCGCGUCUCGGCGAACGCCAGUUCAUGCCCCAUCCGGACUUCGGCUACACUCUGCCUUGUCCUGCUGGCUGUGAGCACUCAUUUAUUGAGGAAAUCCAUCACUUUAAGCUGCUGACACGCGAGGAGUACGAUCGGUAUCAGCGAUUUGCCACAGAGGAGUAUGUGCUGCAGGCUGGCGGCGUGCUCUGCCCACAGCCGGGAUGCGGCAUGGGAUUGCUCGUGGAGCCCGACUGCCGCAAGGUGACCUGUCAAAAUGGCUGUGGUUAUGUGUUCUGUCGCAACUGCCUGCAGGGCUAUCAUAUUGGGGAUUGUCUGCCCAACGGGGGCAGUACCAGUGCCCCCAACUCCUGCGAGUACGCCGUGGACCCGAAUCGCGCGGCCGAGGCUCGCUGGGAGGAGGCCACCAACGUCACCAUCAAAGUCAGUACCAAGCCCUGUCCAAAGUGUCGAACCCCCACUGAGCGCGAUGGCGGCUGCAUGCACAUGGUCUGCACACGCGCUGGCUGCGGCUUCGAGUGGUGCUGGGUCUGUCAGACGGAGUGGACCCGUGACUGCAUGGGCGCCCACUGGUUUGGCUGAGGAUUCACCAAGUGCAUCCUUGAUCUGCGUUUAUUUCGUGUUUCGUUUGUUGACUAUUUCUAAAUUUCCGACCUUUCGAGUACGAGUAAAAAUUGUUUGCUAGCAGAGCA